AUGAGCUGUCCGGACUGUUAUAAAGGCGCAGCCCUAUCUGGCGAACCCAAAGGAACGCUCUCGGACGUUAAUGGCGCAUACUUAGCUAGUGGUCCUACUGGCUCGUCCCACGCUGUGGUGCUACUAACCGAUAUCUUUGGUCUCGGCCCUCCCAAUCCCAAACUUCUGGCAGAUUUCUUCUCAGAGCAGCUGGGCUGCGACGUAUAUGUCCCCGACUUGUUCGAUGGAAAUCCACCCGUCAGGCCUGAACAGAUGAUGAUGCCAGAACGUGCAGGCCAAAGGCCCUCCCUGUGGGGGUGGAUAAAGAUUAUUUUGGUCGCAUUACCCACUCUUCCGGCUAUGUUCCGCAAUAGGCCUUCGGUUACCGAUCAGAGAGUUCGAAGUUUCAUGGAUAAACUCAAAUCGACUAAGAACUAUGACAAAAUCGGGGCCGUGGGGUACUGCUUUGGUGGAGCCACUGCCAUUAGGUUUGGCUCCACUGGGUUCUUCGAUACCCUUGUCAUCUGCCAUCCCGGAAGAUUUAGUAUCGAUGAGCUGAAAGCCAUCAAGGACCCCUCUUCGUGGGUAUGUGCUGAGGACGACAUGAUCGUUAGUCAUGACUUCCGAUUGAAGGCAGAGGCAACCAUGGCCGAGAGGAAGGACGGAGUUGCAUAUGAGUUCAGAGACUAUAAGGGCACAACCCACGGCUUUGCAGCACGCCCAAACAUUGACUAUCCUGAGGUGAAGGAGGCAUAUGAAGGCGCCUUGCAACAGACCGUGGAUUGGUUCAAGAAAACUUUAACUUCGAGCUCAUAA